UGGUGCGGUUGUUGUCAGAAGGAACAACAUUAACACACGCGGUGAACUGACUCUUGUCUACUGUGAUGUUCUGUGUACUCUAUUUUAAUUCCUUUCUUUAAAUCUGUUGAAUUUGUUUAUUCUUAAUAUUAGAUAUCUACCGUCGGCCUUUAAAGCUAUGGGGAGAAAAUGGAAGAUGUCCAAGAAGAGAGGAGCAGAGAACCGGGUUGAGCGCCCCAAAAAGGAGAGGCCUUCAACCAAUUAUGAAGAACUAGUGCGAGAGAAUAAAAAUUUUGAAACAUUUUAUAAGGCUCAAAAGAUUGUCCCAGAGGAGGAAUGGGAGGCAUUCAUAACCUGUAUGAAGGAGAAUCUCCCAGCUGCCUUCCGUCUUACUGGGUCAAAGAACAUGGCUUGUGCUUUGCUGCAGGUCAUGAAAAAAACGUUUUUCGAGCCUCUUUCCCAGCUUGUCCCACCAGAGCUUACCCAAGAGGAGCUGGAUACUGGAGAGGAGCCAGUGAAGCCUCUAAAGCCUGUCUGUUUACCAUGGUAUCCAGAUAACCUGGCAUGGCAGCUGAACUUAACACGACGUAAUAUCCGUCGAUGUGAGGCAUACUGGCAGUUACAUCAGUUUCUCAUCUCAGAAACUGAGACUGGCAACAUUUCCCGUCAGGAGGCAGUCAGCAUGAUCCCCCCACUGGUCUUAGAUGUUCAGCCACAUCAUAAGGUUCUGGAUAUGUGUGCUGCACCAGGAAGCAAAACGGCCCAGCUCAUUGAGUUUCUUCAUAGCGCUGAGGAGGAAUUAUCAGCAACCAUACCUCCAGGGAUUGUGGUUGCCAAUGAUGCUGAUAAUCGCCGCUGUUACAUGUUGACACAUCAGGCCAAACGUCUACAGAGCCCUGCAAUAAUGAUCACUAAUCAUGAUGCUGCUUUUAUGCCAAAUAUCCACCAUACACGAAAUGAUGGUAGUGUGGGGCCCAUAAAAUUUGACCGGAUACUCUGUGAUGUCCCGUGCUCAGGGGACGGCACCAUGCGCAAAAAUUUUGAUGUAUGGGCCAAAUGGAAUCCUGUGAAUGGAGCAAAUCUUCACGGAUUACAGUUGAGGAUAGCUCGCCGGGGGCUGGAGAUGCUGGCUGUUGGUGGACGUCUUGUUUACUCAACUUGCUCCCUCAAUCCUCUGGAAGAUGAAGCUGUCAUCCAGAGGCUGCUCAUUGAGGCUGAUGGUUCUGUGCAGUUGGUCGAUGUAUCAAGUCAGUUACCAGGACUAAAGAUUAUGCCGGGUCUAGAGGACUGGACGCUCAUUAAUCGAGAAAUGGAGGUCGUAAAGUCUGUUGAGGAAAUACCUGCCAAGAACACAAAUCUCUUCAACAAGCACCUCUUUCCACCCACUCCUGAGAGUAGAGAAAAACUUGAUCUUCAUAAAUGUGUAAGAAUCCUGCCCCAUCACCAAGACACUGGAGGUUUCUUUGUAGCAGUGCUGGAAAAGGUCAAAGCUCUACCUGGUGAGAAGAUCUACUUUGAGAAGGACCAGCCAGUAGAUCAGAACCAGUUGGCAACAAACACUCAGCGCAUCAGACAGCCUCCAAAAAAAAAGCGACGGCAAGGUUUCAAAGAGGAGCCUUACUAUUACUUCGAGGAAGACGAGGUUGUCUGGCCUGGAAUUGAUGCCUUUUAUGGUGUCCGCAAAGAGGUGGGUGCCGGCCUUUUUCUGAGUCGGACCAAGGAAGGAAAGAAACGGAAUAUCUACUUCACUAACAGUCUCAUCAAGGACAUCGUUGCUCAGAAUCAAGACCACAUUAAGAUCAUCAACACUGGUGUCAAAGUUUUGGUGAGAAGUGACAACAAAGGUGCACCUUGUGACUUCAGGUUAGCUCAGGAUGGUUCCCAAGUGUUGUUGCCGCUCAUCACAAACCGUAAGAUCUCUGUGACUGGAAAUGACCUGGUGAUAAUGCUACAGAAUGAUGAUAUGGAAAUGCCACCAGAAAUUGUGACACUAGAUCCUACAACACAGGAACAGUGUGCAGGUCUCUGUACAGGUGCUAUUGCUUUCUUAUACAAAGGAAAUGACAUGACCAUUGAACUGGUUGGCUGGAAGGGAAACAAAUCAGUGCGUGCAUAUGUGGCUAAGAAUGACCGUAUCCAUUAUCUCAGACUGCUGGGAGCUGACACGUCCAAGUAUGAGAAAAAUAAAUUUGCAGAGCAGAGAGACCUAGAAGCCAAGAACAAUAGUGAGGAAGAUGUAUCUAUUGCAAGUAAUAAAACUGUUGAAAGUGAUGGUGAGAAUGGACAAAGUAUAGAGGACACUGCUGAAGUAAUAGGUGAAAAUAGCAUUAUUGAAAAGGUUGAUGCAAAUGGAUCUGGAAGUAUAGAAUGUAAAUGAGAAAAGUGCAGUUAAAGAAACCAGAACUUGGAUUUUAAUUGUACUAUUGUAUAUAAUUUUUGGUAAACUGACAAUGUUUGAAUAAUUUUUAAGAUGUGCUCUACAUUAUAUUCAUUAGAUUCUUCAUUACAGCAUACUGAAACAAGUGACAUUGUUGGACACUGUAGUGUUAUGCACGUAACACUAUUGGACACUGUAGUGUUAUGCACGUAGCACUAUUGGACACUGUAGUGUUAUGCACGUAACACUAGUUUUAGUUUGUGGUAAAGAAGGGAUUUAGCCAUUUUAAUAUUGAAAUAGUCAGUUUUGAGUAAUAAUGCUAAAAAGAAUAUUUUAAUUAUGAAAUGAAUGUAUAAAGUAAUGUUUCCUUUCUAAAAAAAAAAUUGUGGUUGAAGUGACAAAAAAGCAUCAUAUGAAAUACUCCAUUUUCUAGAUUUUUAUUACAUUUUAUACACAGCUUUCUUAUAUUUAUGUGAUUGAAGUUCAGUGCACCUGCACCUUUUUCACCCCAAUUAGUAAAGAAGAUUGAAAGAGUGGAUAGUUGGUGGAUAAAAUGGUUAGUGAGUGAAAGGUGACAAAAAAUGUAAUUCAGAGAAAAUUGCUGGGGAUUAUCAACUGGAAGACCGAUUCACUAUUUACACUUAACUUAGGUUGAUACAUGGAGUUUAAUAUCCUUGUUUUGUAUUAAGUUAAAUGCUUCAUUAUUGUUUGACACAGAUGCAGUAAAUGUAUUACAAAA